CCCGCUCUUUCCUCCCUCCUUUCGCGUGUUUUAGAAUGGCUACUCGCAAGGAAUCAACUUCGACGCCAACCGCCCCGAUGGCUUCCACGUCUCCGGGAGCAACUUUGGAUUCUCCUGUGAAGCAAAUUCAGAUCGAGGGUCUGGUGGUCCUGAAGAUGAUCAAGCAUUACCAGGAGGAAGGUCAGGCCAGUGAGGUGGUUCAGGGUGUGCUACUGGGCCUGGUGGUGGAGGACCGGCUAGAGAUCACCAACUGUUUCCCCUUCCCUCAACACACCGAGGACGACGCUGACUUUGAUGAAGUCCAGUACCAGAUGGAGAUGAUGCGUUCUCUACGUCAUGUGAACAUUGACCAUCUUCAUGUGGGCUGGUACCAGUCAACCUAUUAUGGAUCAUUUGUCAGCCGGGCCCUGCUAGACUCUCAGUUCAGCUACCAGCACGCCAUCGAGGAGUCUGUUGUGCUCAUUUACGAUCCCAUUAAGACAGCCCAGGGCUCCCUGUCCCUGAAGGCUUACAGGUUAACACCCAAACUGAUGGAGAUCUGCAAGGAGAAGGACUUCUCAGCUGAGGGAUUGAAGAAGGCCAUGAUUGGUUUUGAGCACAUGUUUGAGGAGGUUCCCAUCGUGAUCAAGAACUCCCAUCUGAUCAACGUUCUGAUGUGGGAGCUAGAGGAGAAGUCCACUGUGGCCGACAAACACGAGCUGCUCAACCUCUCCAGCAGUAACCACCUGGAGAAGUCUCUUCAGCUCCUGAUGGACAGAGUGGAUGAUAUGAGUCAGGACAUCGUCAAGUACAACACCUACAGCCGUAACCUCAGCAAGCAGCAGCAGCAGAAACACCAGUAUACCCAGCGGCGCCAGCAGGAGAAUGCUCAGAGACAGACCAGAGGAGAGACUCCUCUACCGGAGGAAGAUGUCACCAAGAUGUUCAAACCUCCCCAGCCCCCUCCUCGCAUGGACACUCUCCUCAUCGCAGGGCAGAUUAACAAUUACUGCCAGAAUGUGAAGGAGUUCACCUCUCAGAACCUUGGCAAGCUCUUCAUGGCUGAGGCCCUUCAGGGACACAACAGCUAGAAGAGGAGGAAGAGGAGGAGGAGGAAGAGGAGGAGCUAAGGAAGAGAGGAGAUGGAGAUGCCCCUUCCACCCAAUCAGAAUGAAGAGAGGAGAUGGAGAUGCCCCUUCCACCCAAUCAGAAUGAUCAAUAUAGGCCUGUGUUCUAAAUGGUACCCUGUUCCCUUUAUGGUGCACUACUGGUCAAAACUAGUGCACUAUAUAGGGAAUAGGGUGCCAUUUGGGAGGCAUCGUAUGACUGGAGGAUUGAUGUGAAGAUGAGAGAUAAUAAUAAAAAACGUUAAAAAACCGAAA